AUGCCGCGCCCCACCAAGCUCAUCAUCGUCUGCUGCCACGGCAUCUGGCUCGGCGGCCCCUCCAAAGGCCACAACGAGGCCGAAUGGCUCCUCGCCGACUUCCAGCACGGCGAAACCCCCACCUUUAUCGCGCACAUCAAGGCCGGGCUCCAAUGCCUCGCCGACGACCGGGGCCACGCCGUCCUCGCAUUCUCAGGCGCGCCGACCCGCAGAGAAACGACCCUCUCCGAGGCCCAGUCGUACGCCAACGUGGCCAUGCAAAACGCCUGCUUUGGCCUCCUUGACCCUCCCGUCACGGACGCGGACAUGAUGCUCGAGGAGCGGGCCCUCGACUCCUACCACAACGUGCUGUUUAGCCUGUCGCUGUUCUAUGCCCGGUUCCAACGCUGGCCGCGGCACGUCGUGGUGGUGAGCCACGCCUUCAAGAGGCCGAGGAUGCUGGAGGGCCACUGCGCCGCCAUUGGGUUCCCGCCGGACAGGGUGUCGUUUGUCGGCGUAGACCCGCCGUCUUUGGAGGGCAAGCCCGGCGUCGUGGCGGGCGUGGCCGAGGCCGAGGCGGACUGGGGGCGCGAUCCGCACGGAAAGGGGCAGAGGCUGGCGGCCAAGAGGGCGAGGAGGAACGUCUGGGGAGCGUGGCAGGGCGUUUUCGAGGAGGGCACCGAGGACGCCGACAAGGGGGGGUUGCAGACCGCGGGGGAGGGGGCAAGCGAGGUCAUCGUCGACGGGGAGAGGCCGUGGUGA